AUGACCGGAUCACGGAUGGCUUCUUCCAAUUGCGCAGUAGUCGCCCUCAGCCUGUUUGCCCUCCUGCUGACGCAAGGGAGCGUUGAUGUUGUGGAUGCGCGACGUAACCAAGGCAGCAACCAGCGCAAAACAUCAUCCUCAUCCAGCUCCAACGGUCAUGUGACCCAGCCCAGCUACAGCACGAACGGACAUGCGGCCGGCAACUCGCAUGCGGACGUGGCCAAGCUGAGUUAUCCCAACUACAACUCGCAGCCGAAUCGGCCGAAUGUGAAUGCGAACGCGAAUCCGGCUUCGGCUCCGGCUCCUCAAGCUGGCUGGAAUGUGCCCCAGGGUCCGCCACCCGCCUACUCCGCCUCAAAUCCCGUAGGCGGCGCUCGACCAAAUGUGCACGAGCAGGCGCCCUCCUAUCAUGCACCCAGCUAUGGGGCAGCUCCGCCAAGCUAUGGUGCCGCUCCGCCAAGCUAUGGAGCAGCCACCUCAAACGUCCAUCAGCCCAUUACGGCCACCCAAAACCAUGGCACCCAGUAUGCCGGAGCACCACCCGGAGCCACGUACUAUCCAUCGGGCGGACACAAUGGCUACCCAAGCAAUCUACCAGCCGGCGCCACCUACUAUCCCUCGUCGGGACAUAUGCCCAUGGGCGGGGGCUAUCAGCCGGCAGCCGCACCACCGGGGGCCACAUAUUACCAGGCUGGCUCUGCUCUGCCUCCAGGGGCCACCUACUAUUCGCAGCCACCCCAACAAUCAUCAUCAGGCCUGGGCUUUGGAACGGGUCUACUUGCUGGUGGAUUGGGUGGCGCUCUGCUUGGCCACGCGUUGACCCCCUCCGGUGGCAGCUCAUCGCAGCCAGCUGCAGCUCCUGCAGCUGCCGGUCAGGACCGCAUUAUCAUCAUCAACAAUGGAGUGCCGGUGAAUGCCAGCGACGGCACCACAGUUAUCAAUGCAGCCGGAGUAGCUGCAGCAGCACCAGCACCAAUGAACACGACCCAAGAUGCCCAGCCAGCUGCAAUGCCUGUUCCUAUGGCGCCAUUCAGCCCGGAAACCUCCAAUAUGACCGUGCCUAAUUCGGCAGAUGCAGCUCCACCGCCACCCGGUGGAAUUAUUUGUGUGCCCACCAAGGUCAAUGAGACAGAUCCGGCCGACAGCACCAAGAUGAUUGAGGUGGAGAAGAUCGCCUGCUAUCCGGCGCCUCCGCCACCGACGGCAGCACCCGGCGAAGGACCUGCUCCAUUGGCUCCCAUGGCAGCGGCCCAACCAGGGUCUCAGCAGGUGCAGACACCCCCGGCCGCCUCCUCAUCGAUGGACGCAGCCCUCAAGUCCAGCACUAGCGGAGCCUCACUCCUGGCACCUGGUGGUAGCCUGGGCCUUUUGCUGGUUGCAGUCGGUGCACUCGCCAUGCGUCUGACAACUCCAGAGCUUUCCAAUUCGUUUUAAAUCCUCUAUUAUCCGGUUUUAGUACCAUUAGUCACUCCACUGUUAGCCGUCCACUGCACCCACCACCCCUAGUUGUCCGCCCCUGUCCACAGCUUUUUGUGGCCUUGAAAUGAUUGCCGCAUGUUAUCCAAGAGUCUGUUUACGCUGGCCAAGAUCGAUAUUCCAAAUGCGUUAUGGUCCCGCUCGCCAUGGGCGUGGACAAGUGACAAAUAGCACGUGUUAAUUGGGUGAAAAUUGUUUAUUUAUUGCGUACCCUCUUCAAACUACAGCACUCAGUAUUCAGCGACAUCCCGUCUUAGUAUUUCCAGCUUAUUGUCUCGAUAUAUUUAUAUAUAAAUAUGAACUUAUACAUAAUGUAUACCCAAAAACCGUACCCAUUUGCGUGAAAGCGCGUUUCCUUCACUUAUCCCUCGAUUGUGCCUUUGAGCCUAAGAUCCAUUCAGUCGUCUCUCAACAACGAAUCUCAAAAGUGUGAACCAAAAAGACAUUGGAAUAUAUAAUACCCUUUAUUCUCAAGUAACGAAUUAUGUAAGCAAACAAAAAAAAAAACGAAAGUACUAAAUACGGCCCUAAAAGGGUUUGAAUAUUUUUCUAGAAUUAUAAUUGCUGCACGUUUUUCUGUAAUUUUUUUGUUUAUUUUGUCCUAGUGUAUGUAAGCAUUGCACUCUUUAAUUGUUGAAAUAAACGCAUUGGACCAACACCCCCUACACACACGCACCCGA